GCACGGGGGGUGGGGGGGAGGAGAAAGUAGCACUGAGUGGUGUGAGAGUGAGUGGAGGACUAAAAAAAGUGUGUGAAGAAAGAGAGGCUUCUUUCUAACGUUAAUUUCUGUCAAAGAAGUAACUGAGGACUGAGGCGGAGACAUGUCAAACGGCGACGAAGAUGCAGUUGAGACGGAGUAAACAGCUACCGGACAGUUAGCGGAGCAACUUGUUACAACAGACGGAGAAAGGCUUCCCUGGCUGGCCCGAGUCGGGACGGUUGGCCGUUUUUCGCCGCAACUUGAACAGACCUCAACGCUACCGGACGAGAGAGGAGGACCAACGCGGUCUCUGGCGGAAAACAAGCCCUUCGGUCGGUGUGGUUGUUUGGCAGAGUGCCGGGGAAACGGACCGAGAGAGCGCGGCGGCUCGAAAGAAGAGAGAGCUGCUAAAGCGGCAGCUGCAAAAGUUUGCGGUGCGUCUUCACCUAGUUUUCCAGAUUGGAAACAAGAGCGGGAAUAAGAGGCCGAGAGACUGACUUUUCGUUCCUCAAGCAACUUGGUGGAAUUCUUCCAGUUUACCGAACUUUACUGGCCUGCCAAGUUAGCUAAAGCAGAAAGAAUGAAAACACCUGGAGAUACUGGGUUCGCCUUCCCAGAAUGGGCUUACAAGCCUGAGUCGAGCCCUGGGUCCAGACAGAUCCAGUUGUGGCACUUCAUCCUGGAGCUGCUCAGGAAAGAGGAAUAUCAUGAUGUCAUCGCUUGGCAGGGGGAUUAUGGCGAGUUUGUAAUCAAGGACCCAGAUGAAGUGGCCCGGCUCUGGGGGGCCAGGAAGUGUAAACCCCAGAUGAACUAUGACAAGCUCAGCAGGGCCUUGAGAUAUUACUACAACAAGAGAAUCCUUCAUAAGACCAAAGGAAAGAGGUUCACCUACAAAUUCAACUUCAAUAAACUGGUUUUGGUCAAUUAUCCCUUCAUUGACAUGGGCUCUACUGGAGGCAGUGUUCCCCAGAGUGCACCUCCUGUCCCCACUGGUGCCGGGACCCACUUCCGCUUCCCUCCUUCCACGCCCUCUGAAGUCCUCUCCCCUAAUGAGGACCUGCGCAGCCCAGGGGGCAUGUUCAGCUCAGUGGCCCGACGAAUGGCGCGUGGCUCCGUCAGCGAUUGCAGCGACGGCACCUCAGUUAAUUCUGAGAUUGAGGAGGGUAACACGGGAGCAGGAGAAGAGAGGGGAGAAAGGGCUGUGAGUGGAGGAGGAGGAGCUGGUGGUGGAGCAGGCUACCGUAGUAUCAUUCAUCCCCGUCUGUCUCAUGAAACCCUGUUCCGCAUGUAUGGGGGCCCAGGUAACCCUGCUGGGCACCCAGGCUCCCGUGGCCACACCGGACACCGUAUCCAUCCCGAGCCCUUGUCCCCCUUCCCUGUCUCCCCUCUGCCAGGGCCGGGAGGUGCCAGCCUCUUAGCCCCUCCUCUGUCCCCAGCACUCUCCAUGACCCCCACAUCUCAUCUGGCCUACACUCCCUCACCCACUCUUUCACCCAUGUUAGGCUCACACUUCUCCUUCAACCCAGAGGACAUGAAGCGCUACCUGCAGGCCCAUACCCAGUCGGUGUACAACUAUGGCCUCAGCCCCAGAGCUUUCCUCCAGUACCCCAACAUCGUCAUCCCUCAGCCCCACCGGCCUGCCGCAGACAAGGCCGGUCUGACUGCAGAGAGAGGAGCCACCGAAAGAGUAGAAAGAGCCACAACAGCUGGGGGAGGAGAAAGAGGGGGAGAAAGAGGGGGAGACAGGCACCACCAUCCACCUCUUGCUCAUUCCACCCACCACCACCCGCAUCUUCCUCACUCUGCCCAUCCUCACUCGCAUUCCCAUCCCAUACAUCACCCACUCCAUUUGGGUGAGGAGCCCCCACACAUGUCUCCCUUCAAGUUCAAGCUGCAGCCACCUCCACUGGGCAGGAAGCAGAGGGAAGGGCAAAGCCAGAGUAAACCCAGGCAAAGUUCACUGUCUUCAGGCUCAGGAUCCGGGUCCAUGUCCUCUACCUCUGGCCUGGGAUCCUCGCUGUCAUUCGGCAGUGACCUGAGUUCAGCCAGUGGCUCAGGUUUGAUCUCUGCCUCCUCUUCGACGCAGUCUCUAAACAGUGCCGGAUUACCCAAGAUAAAGGUGGAGCCCAUCUCUGAUAUAGAGUCAGAGGAAGAAGUGGAGGUGACUGACAUUAGUGAUGAAGACCCAGAUGAAAGAGAUGAGGAGUUUGAGCUCUUUUCCCCUCGACACUUCAGAGCAUCUAACCACCACCACCACCACCACCACCACCACCAUCAUCAUGUUAACGGCACAGUCACAACUCAACAUCAACCCCAUCCUGAUGAAGACCUGGACGAGGACGUCUUCAAAGCCCCUGCUCCUCCUCCGCCAGGCCUGAUGCCUUUCUUCACCUCACAGCACACACAGUCCAAUGCACAUCGUGGCCUGCCCACCCUCAAGUGCGAACCCCCGGAGCCAGCUGAGAGCAACACAUCCCCUUCUCAGACGGCCUCGGCAGGAGCUCCCCAGACCAAGUGCAUCCCUCUCAAGCUCCGCUUCAAGAGACGCUGGAGCGAAGACCAGCGGAUGGAGGCCUCACAGGAGGAGUCGGAUGACAAAAAAGUACGACCAGAGGAGGAGAGGGAAAGACAGAGGCAAAGUAACGGACAGAUGGAGAUGGAGGAGGAUGGGACAGGCAGUGGCGAAGGGGAAAGUCCUCCCCCGUUGGCGUAUGAGGGCUCUAUAGCAACACCACUGGCCUCACACAGUAGGGCAAGCGCUGAGUUGCACCGUGCCACUGCACAGCUCUCUCUAGAGAAUAAAGACUGCUGAUGAGAGCCUUAGUCUAAACAUUACUGCUCCAGCAGCACAGGAUGUAGUACAGGAGUAUGUAAAUGGUUCCUCUAUAAUCCCUCUCCCACACAGACAAACUAGAUCCCCAAAACCUUCAGUGACCUAAGAGCAGAGUCCAAGAAACACGCAAAUAUUUCCACCAACUUAAAGACAGCCCGAUCCCUGUUGUGUUAGACCCACUGAAAAUCCUCUGUCUAGAUCAGGGUUCUUCUGGGGUGUAUCACAGUGACUGUAACAGCGCUGAAGCCAGAGGGAGACUUGCUCUGAAACCCAAGUUCACCUCCUACCCGGCCAGUGCAGCUCCAGUAGCACAAUGUCCACCUACAGGCCCCCUCAGUAGGUUUAGCAGCCAGUCAACGCUUUCUUUAGGGGACUCACACUCCCUUACUGCCCAGCAACACAUCUAGGACGACAAUGUGGACACCCAUGCUACUUUUCCUACAAGACAACGGGACUUUAAGUGCCUGUUUCUACAAACCCACAGCUCGUUACUACAGUGACAUGGAAAAAUGAGGGAGGAGGGCUACUCUGAGUUAUCAUUAACUCAUGAGGCCCUUUUGGGGGAAAAAAAAUGGGAUAAAAAUUAAAUUGUCUUGAAGACCGAAGCGUGGAGCUGUUGGAUAUUGUCUGACUGGCUCUUAAACCUGGCCCACUCCACUCAGGGAAGCCUAUUGCUGUAUAUCUAUUGGAUCAUGCACAAAAAUAUACACAAGCAAAAAAUAAAAAGCCCAACCAACAGUGAAUGAGACUGGUGGACUUUGGAUGCUCAGCAGUGUUCACUGCAAGACCAAACUCUGCUCAACAUACUGUUCUCUCAGACCUUAUGACUUUUAUAUAAUCCCCCUUCUGUCUCUCUCUAGUCCUGACCCUCUUUCUCUUGCUGACCACCUGUGGAAAUAGCAUGACUCUAUAAAUUUAACCCCAGAGAGGAGGGAGGAGAGAAAAAGACAAGGAUGAAGAGGAUCUGUGGAGGGGACCAUAAGGGGAAGGCUGCAGGGGGAAGAAGGGGUUUGUGGGGUUCCAGCAACUGUUAACUAGCCAUUUUUACCUCACCUAACAUGGCUUGUACACUGAAAAAAAAAAAAAAAAAAAUCCCUCAAUUCUCAGCAGCACAGAAUCGUAGUUCACCAGCUAGAGCUCGUCUAACAAUCAUAUGUACCGGUAAUGUUAAACUAAACCAGCAAGCACCCCCAUCACAUGCACAGAACUGCCUUUAGCUCUUAAACAUGCUCCCUCUCCCUCAGACUGGACUGUAGUGGUGUCUCCCUCAGGACCUUAGAGUGUGUGUGACUGGCAGACCUGUUAUCUACAUAGGUAUGAGAGCCUGAGAGAGCAGGGAGCAUCUUAGACACACACACACACACACACACACACACACACACACACACACACACACACACACACACACACACACACACACACAGCCUUUCUAUGCCUUGUUUUUAUAGCAUGUACAAAAGUGCAAACUGAGCUCUAAUAUCUCACAGACUAUAUCUUUAUAUACUUUAAAUGGAAUUAUUAAAGAAAAGUUACAUUUUAAAAGAAUCCUAGCAUUUUAAUGAUGUUAUUGAUUCAGGAUUUUUAUUUUUAUUUUUUUUUGGAAGUGGAUUAUUUUGAGUGGUUAAAACACGUCAUGCCACUCACUACACAAUAUGGUAUUGUGGAUGGGUAGGUGGGCAGAAUGAAGAGGGGUGGAGGUCUGAGUUUCUUCUGGUGCAUUUGUUUCAGAGAUAAACAAGCCAGAGAAAAAUACAGCGCAGGCCAGUCUAGGAGAACAAGACCAGCAAGAAAGAAAAAAAAUUCAGGACUCAAACAGACUGCUAAUGAUUCCAGUGUGUAGUUCACUCGGCUGUUCACUUCAUUUGUAGUAGCUUGCCCUUUGAGCACGCAGCGCUCUGCUCUUUCCUGUCUACAGUCUAGCUCAGCUCAGCGGGGUUCUCUCUGGUUUUGAGCUGUCCUGUCCCCAGGCCACCUCUUCAGGCUGUUUGUGUGUCACAGUUAGUUCAUGGGAUAUUAGGUAAGUAGUAAUCCUUUCUCAUCAUAGGCCAGUUAGCAUAAUGCUAUGAAGUUUGCCACAGCUCAAGGAAUCAAGGGGUUAAUCGUUACAGUCAGACAUGUGAGCCCCAGUCCUGAAACACCCUUUCUUCAGACCACGCACAUUCACACACACACACUCGCAACAAAUCUGUUUGACAUGUUUUAACAUCCUGUGGCCCAGAUCAUCCAGGAAUCUGAUUAGGUAACUAAACCGUGUUGACCGGCCGCCUGUCCCUGCUUAGCCAGCAACAGCAUGGAUCUAUAGCAGCGGGCUGUGAGAUAGAUGGCCUGCAGGCUGUCUGUGUAGCUGAGCUGAUCGAAUUUCCUCAUCAGACCCCAGUGGUCUGGACAGGAGCGUGUCACAACAUGCACACACUCACUCACUCACUCACUCACUCACUCACUCACUCACUCACUCACUCACUCACUCACACCCACCAGGUCCUGUGUUUGUAUUUCAUCUGACAGCUGCCUUACUACUGCUUUUCAUAUCUCAACUCAUAAGACGUCAGUCCCACGUGGUCUGUACUCUCUCAUCUUUCAGUUUUCAUCUUUCCUUGCUCUGUUUCGGGAGUCGUCUAACUUCCUGCAGACUACAUUGUGAUUUGGCUCAGUCAUAAUAUUGCAAGGUAAAGAAGACGUUGAUUGAAAUCUGACUGAUAGACAAGUUCUCUUCCAUGUUUCAGGCCUCAGCAGUCAGAGAACAGUAUGCUAACAGCACAAAGAUUACAUUUCUCUAUCAAUAAAAUAAAGGUUUCCUUUAUUUGUCUGCUGUCAUGAUACUAUUGAUUGUUGUUAUUGUUGUUCUCAUUAGGUUAUUUACCUCUCCAACUGGCAUUAUUAUUCCAUGGCUCUGUUAGCUGUUGCUUUUUAUGUUGUGGAAAUCACUUUGGAUGAUGUGGAAUGCCCCCAAACUCCAUUCCCUGUUUUACACCCUCCAGCUCCUGAACCAGAACCCCUUUUCCUGUCUUUGGUUUUUACAAAUGUAAUAUAACUAAAAUGUGUAAUAUUAAUUUUGAUGCAGACAGAAAUAACAUUUGGGAUUGGGAAGGAAGGGCAGCGGCAGAGGAUUUUAUUUUGGGGCACAGGGGGAGUGAUUUUAUCUUUUCUGUCUUGUAUUGUAAUUUUAAUUUUAUAAUGUUACUUUUUUCUCUCGUAUAAUUUUUCUUCUUUUCGGGGGGUGGGGCGGGUGUAUCAUUUUCAAAGAAUGAAAAGUACAUGUAUUGUUUUACUGUGUAAAGGUCUAUCUUCUCCCUCUUUCAGUCUUUCACCUUAUCUCCCCUGAGCGGUUACAUAACAUUCAGAUGGAGAGAUGAGCGUUAAUACCAUGAUGUAACAUUGAAUUUCUCCUCUUCUUUUGUGUUAUUUUUUUCAGACUUGUAAUUAAGCUGUAAUCAGGGUUAAUUAAAACCAGUUAAAACUCAA